AUGUAACUAAGAGGAGGAGGAGUUGGAUGUAUGAAAUAUGGUAAUGCAAUAAACACUAUUACGCCUCACAAUAAUUAAUCGUAGGUCGAAUAACAAGCUCCACCACCUAAUUUAUAAAACUAAAUUAUAUUUCACUCAAAUAGGAUUGCUAAGAAUGCUGUAACUGCUGUUGAUAAAAAGAAUGAUCUAAUGAAUAGUUUUCAAUUUUUUUUUAUUCAUGAAAGGCAACUUUGGGAAUAAGCAAAACAUCCAAAUUAAUAAUAAGAAAAUAUUGAUUUAAUUUUGGAGUGCCUCAAUUAACUUUUACCAGCCUUAAAAAUUUUUAUCUAAUCUAACCAUUUAUAUGCACUUUUUACUUCAUAAUUGAUUUGUAGUUUAAUUUGGGUAAUAUUUACAUUCUAUUCCACAAAAAAAGAAAGGAUCUUAAAGGUUUAAUAAUAGUAAUAAUACUUAACUGAAAUUGAGUAAAUAUAUGAAAGAUUAGAGAUAGAGAGUGAAGGAUCAAAAUAUCAAAAUAACAUAGAAUAUGAAUUAUUUGUCAUUAGGGCAGUAUUAUUUAUUACUCCAACCGAUUCGUAAGAAGGCUCUGAGAUUCUGUCGUCAUUUUGUUAAGGUGCCUUUUCAAGCCUAACUUCAUUCACCCUUGAUGAUAAAUUGAUUGAAAGUUUAAAAAAAGGAGUUGUAUACUUAUAUCAAUAAGGUGUGAAAUAUUCUAGAAUGAAAAAAUUAGAAAUUAUAUUUUCAUUAAUGAGUUUGAAGUUUGAUGCUAUGAAUAAAUUGGAAGAGAGUAAGGAGACAAAUGCAUAGAGUAGUAAAUCCAAGGUAGUUGCUGAAUUGUUGGGUAAAAUGUAUUGCAAUGUUGUGAAAGAAUCUAGCGAUUGGGAAAUUUGGUAUUGUUGGAUUUAAACAUUAUCUUCUUUAUUUCAAUUCAAGCCAGUGGUAUAGAAGUUAAACUUAGAAGAAUCUCUGAAGAGUGAGAUAUUGAACAAGGAUUAUGUAAUUACAACACUUGGAGAUUAAAAAAUAUUGUCUUUAAAAUACUCUAUAAUUUAAACUGAUAUAAACUCUAAGAAAGUAUUCAAUAGUUCAACGACACUCUAAGAAUUAGCCUAACUUUAGAAUUUCAUUUUAAACGGUUAUGACUAAUUAUCUAAUUAUGAAUAAUAGUAUUUUAUUAAACUUCAGGCUUUAGAUGAAUAAAAGUAAAAUAAUUAACCAUAAUUGCCAAUUACUUUAUCAAGAAUUUCCUAAUUAUUGAAUUAAGUAUAAUCUUUGUAAUCAACAUUUAUUGAAUUUAAUGAGAUUGUAAUGUCUCAAGAUUUUACAGAUCAAUAAAAGUUAAAGUAAUCAGAGAAAUUAAUGAAAGAAUCUCAAAUGAAAAUAAUUGCAUCUUUAUAAGAAAUAGAACAUUUGGAUACAUUGAAAACUAUUAUUUAAGAUUCAUCUUAAUCAAGAAAUAGUUAAAGUAUCUAUUUUGAUGACUACUAUUAAAUCUAAUAAACUAAUUGUCAAAUUUAUCUAAUGAGAUUGGCUGAUUUUGAAAAAGAUAAAUACCAAAAAACAUCCAAAUCUGUUGAUUAUAUUAAAAUUAUUGAAGAAUUAAUUUAAAGUUCCAAAAAAGAUGAAACUAUUAAUAAGACAUUUGAAGAUUUUAAAAAGUAACAAAAUGACAAAGGUAAUAUCAUGAAUUUGUAAAAUUCUUUGAAAAGUUUAGUUUGCAAAAAAGAAAAAAGUUUAAAUUUUCAAUAAGAUGAUUAUUUAUUGGGGCUCAUCUAAGCAAUAAAUUUGAAUUAAUAAUGGAUAUCUAAUUUGGAAUGGAAUUUACAAAAUUGCAUAAUCUUACAAAUAUAUCUAAGAAUGUUAUUAUAAGAAUAAAAUAAUGAUAGAGAUUCUAAUCUUAAAGAAUCAAUAAUUCGUAUUGCUAAUCAACAUAUAUCCUACUAAUCAUUAAGUUAAUCAAUUAAAUUUUUAUAUAAUCAAUACUUUAAUUGUGAAUGUAUUUUUUUUAAGAAAUUUUCGAGACCUGAAUAAAAAUCAAAGAGUAAUCUGGAAAAGUUGCUGAUAACCUUAUUAAUUGAUAAUUUUGAUGCCAAAAACACUAACCUAUCAAUUCUUAGUAUCCAUUUGUUUUCCGAAAGAUCCUCAGAUAAGAAUGUGAAAUUUGAUUUGGAAAUCUCAAAGAUGAUGGAGGAGGAGAUGGAUCAGUCAAUAAGUUAUAUAAAUUAAGUUUAAAGUGCUUUAAAAAUGAUUAUUGAUUAUCUUCAAUAUGAAGAUGGAGCUAAUAAAGAAGUAACUGAUGAAUUAGGAUAUCUUAAGGACACAAAAUGCAUCAAUGAAGUGAAACAAAAAUUGAAUGAAAAUUACAUAAACAGUUAAGAAUGUUUGCAAAAGCUUUAGAAUUAUUUUGAAAAAUUUAAGUAGAUUUUUACAAGCUUAGAGACUAGUAUUAAGGACACUGAUCAAGGUUUUUAUGAAUAUUUAAAUCAGAAAUUAAAUUAAUUAGAUUAAUUGAUAGUGUUAUUUACAGGACUUGUUGAAUUAUGUAUUAUUAAUAAAAAAGACGAAGAAUUAGUCAAACAAAUCAAAGAAGAUAUUGGAGAGAAGUUAAAUUAAUUGAUUGGUUAAACAUAUGUCAAAAAUGAUAAUCUCAAUAUUUAACUUAACAAUACAAUCCAAGAUGAAAUUGAAUUUUACAAAAAUAUUCAUUCUGAAUUAGAAGAAUUGAGAUAAAAAUUAGAGAAACAAUUGAAUCAAGUUAAAGAUACUGAAAAAGAACUAUAAUAAAUUUAAAAAAAAUAGAAAAAUGUAGUAACAUUAGAAAAGUUAUAAAAAUAGAAUAAUAGUUAUGAUACUGUUCUCAAAGACACUAAAGACGAGAUCACAUAAUCUCUUAGAAAGUUAUAAUAAGAAUAAACUACUAUAGAAUUAGAUAUUUCAAAGAUAAAAGAAAAAUUAAGCUAAAUACAAAAGAUUUAACAUAAGAAGGAUAUUGAAUCUCAAUUACACUUUAUUUUGGUUUAAAUAGAAAGUAAGGAGAAGUAAUGUAAUUACUUUGAAUAGCAAUAUGAUAAAAUUAAAGAAGAAAUUGUAGAUAUUCUAUAAAAUAAUAAAUGGAGAAUAAGAUAAGUUAUUAUUUACGAAUUGCAAUAAAUGAAGUAGUUUUGUUUAUCAGAAAACACAAUUAACCUAAGUUCAGGGCUUUUGGUUAAAUUUUCAGUUUUUGAAACCAAUAAAAAAAUAAGACUACUAUUCAACAAUUAAGGGGGAUAGGAAUCUUUAAAGAUCUUAAGUCAUUAUUGGCCAAGUCAAGAGCAAAUGAUUUAAAAUAAAAUCAAAGAAAAAAUUAAGGAAUUAAACGAUAUUGCUUAAAAAUUGACAAUAGAAACCUCAACCCAAUUGAAAAUUAAAUAUCAAAAGGAAUAUGGCAGAUUGGAGAAAGAAAUUUAGGGAAUUCUAGGAAAUGUGGAAAAUAUAGGAAAUCAACUGGAGAUAACAAUCCUGUUUUUUUAGGAUUUGAAGUAAGAUCUUUUAAGAAUAGAAAAUUAAAUCAAACAACUUUAGGAAGCCAUGGAAAGCAUCAAUAAGGAUCUCAAGUUCUUAAAAGGAAGAUCAGUGAAAGAACUAUUUGAAAUGAGAAUGAAAAGAGUACUUCAAUAAAGGUUAGUUUAUAAUUCGGAUAAUGUUUAUAUUUAAAUUUUAACAAAGGAAAAGAUAUUAUUAGAAGAUAAGGAAGAUAAUGAAACUUUAUUAUUUACAGAGGAUUUAUUUGGAAAUGGAGAAAUUAAUGAAUUUAUUUGGAAAUAAUAGAAAGAUUCUUUAUUAAUUCAUGGAUAAGCAGGAUCAGGAAAGAGUACAGCUGCUAGAAAGAUUGAAGAAUUUCUAUGGCUUAUCUAUUAGAAAAACAAAAAUCAAACUGAUUAUAUUCCAUUAAUUCCAAUCUUUGUUUCACUUCCUUAAUUAAAAGACCCUAUAUAUUGUGCAAUAGAGGAGACUCUUAGAUCAGAUAAUUAUAGAUUUAGUGAAAGACAAGUAGAGGAACUUAAAGAAGCAUUAGAACAAAAAAAAUACAGAUUGAUAAUCAUUAUGGAUAGUUAUGAUGAACUGAAGCAACAAUAUAUUGGAAUGAAUUUGAAUCUCUCCAAUAGAAUUUCGAAAUGGAGAUGCAGUUCCGAUAAAAACAAGUACCCUAAGGUAAUUACUACUUCAAGAUCAGAACUCUUCACAAUAAAGGGAUAUGGCUCUUGGUUUUUAUCAGAAUCGAAUGAUCCCAAUUAUUAUAAGGAGGUGCGAUUAUUAAAAUUUACAGAGAACCAAAUAAAGCAAUAUAUUCAAGAAUACACAUUCCUAAGUGUCAAAAGAAUAAUUAAGGAGUUCUAUUUUGCUGCUUAUUAAGAUUAGGAUUAUUAAGAGUUUGAGAACGUUUAUGUAGAUAUUAUCAAGACAGUAGGAUUGCUAAAUAUAAAAUAAGACAAGCAAUAAAUGCUUAGUCAGGAUAUCAUUGAAUCUUUAAUUUUGAAAUGCAAGCAUUUUGUUUCAACUGAACAUCAGAAAUCGCUGGCUUAGAUGUUAAUGGAGAUUUGGUCUAGUUGGAAGUAUGAAAACUUCAUAAAGUUGAUGGGGUUGGAGUAGGUCAUAGAAACACCAUUUAUGGUGGAAAUAGUGAUGGCUGUUCUUCCUUAUGUAGUAAAGUAGAGGUAGGAAAUUAAUAAUAUCAAAGAGAACUUUAUUAAAAAAUACGUUUAUUUGAGUAAAUAUAGUGAUUCUUUAUAAAAAUAGGCGCUUGAUGAAUGGCAGGGGAUAGUGAAUAAUUAAUAGUUCCUUACAAAAUUUAUUCAGGAAUUUUAGAUUUCUGAAUAGGAGAAGAUGAUAAAGCAAUAUUUUUAGAAUAAUUAAAGCUUUAAUAUAAUAGAGAAGGCAUUGCUCUUAGAACCCUUGUCUACAUAUGAUUUUUAUAUCCAAUUUUUAGAGCAUUAUUUUAAGAGAUAAAUAAAUAAGCUGAGAGAAACAGGAGAAUAGAUUGAUUUUGAUUCAAUAGGAAAUCAAUUAUGGGAAUUUGCUCAUAAAUUGGCGAAUGAAAUGACAUUUAACAAUUUGAGUUAAGUUCCUUUUUAACCGGGUGGAUUAGUGUUUAAAAAGGAGGACAAAGAUUGGAGAGAUGACUUUUUUAAUGAUGAUUGUUAAGAAGGGACGUUCAAAAGAUUAUUUAGAAAAUGUAUACCAAUUAGAUAGAAAAGUGGAAUUUAUUCAUUCAAUCACAAAUCUUUAUAAGAGUUCUUAGUAGCCAAAUGGUUUAUAGAACAAUUGGUCAAGUUAGAUGUAUAAGAGGUCAAGUUAGAGUUGGAAGCGGUCAAGAAGGAUCAAUAAGCGGUCAAGUAGGAUCAAUAAGGAUAGGAAAAACCUGUAAAAACUGAUAAAGACAAGCAGAAAUAAUUAGUUAAAUACAAUUUCUUUUAAAAGUCGUGGGAUUUUGAUUAUAUGCAAGGACCUAUUCGAUUUAUAAUCAAUAAAAUAAAUUUCAAUGAAGAAUUAAAAUAGAAACUAAUGAAUAUAAUCUAUUUUUCAAGAUAUCAUGAUGAUUUUAUUAUUGGAAGUUCUAAUAGUCUGUAUUUAUUAAAUCUCUUAGGGUAGUAAUUUAUAGAGACAGAUUUUCAAAAAAUCAAAAUUAAAUAAGUGAGUUUAAAUAAUGCUAACUUUUUUCGUUGUAAUUUCAACUAUUCCAUAUUUAACAAAGUGAAAUUGUCUGGAGUCAAUCUGAAUAAUACUGAGAUAAAGACAGCAACAUGGGAUAUUUUAAUUGAUGAAUUACCAAAAAUAGAAACCAAUAUUGGAAUUGCAAAUUAGAUUAUAUAUAUUGAAGAAGAAAAUAUUUUUUUAGUACACGAUCGUAUUUAAGUCAAAUAAUAUAACUUAAAUUAGUUUUAGGAGGAAAGGAAAUUAAACAUAGAUUUCAAACCAAAGUUUAUAGUCUUAUCAAAUAAUUAGAAAUUGUUAGCGAUGAUAAAUAGAAAUGAAGCCUUAAUUUUUGAUAUCACUAGUAAUAAAGCUAUUUAAAAAUUAAACUUUGGUGAUUGCUUCUCAGAAUAUAAAGAGACUAUUACAUUUGGCCCAGAUGAUUAAUCCAUAAUCUUAGGAGGAAGUGAUGGAGCAGAUGAGUUGAAAUUGAUACUCUAGUAUGAAAAUAUCCCAGAAGUAAAAUAACAAAAUCAAAAUAUGAAAUCAAAACAUGCCCCAAAAAGUAAUUUAAAAAUGAAAACGAAUGAUGAUAAUAAUGAUGAAAAAGAUAUAAUGUAGGAGCAAAUUAGUAUUUAGUAAACAUAAAUGAAUAAAAUGCUCAAAGUACAACCAGAUUCGAUUGUUGCACUUGAUUAAAUUAAUUCAUUGACUAAAGAAAAGGUGUAUGAAUUAAAAUGUGCAAAGGUAGUCAUUUUAUAACAUUACAACAAAUUUUCCAUUUAUUAUUAAAAAGAAACGAAAAAGGAACUAGAACAAUAUGACUCAAAAUUAAGCUAAUUGAUAUGCUCAGAUGUAAAUAGAGAUUCAACCUUAGUUGCCUUUGGUGGUGAUAAAGGAGAAAUAAUUGUAUUUUAAAUAUCAUCGGUUGAUAUCAAUUUCAGUCUUUCAGGUCAUAAGGAAUAAAUAUCACAAAUUUAAUUUUCUACUGAUGGAAAAUAAUUGGUGUCCUGCUCUUGUGACAAGACUAUCAAAUUAUGGAAUAUUUAAUAAAAAAAUUUGAUAAGUCAAACAGCAUUUAUCUUAAAACCAAAAGUAUAUUCAUUAUGCUUAGUUAACAAUUCAAAUUUAGCCUUAACUGGAUUUGCUGAUGGACUUGUUUAAUUAUGGGACUUAGAAAAUUCAGAUUCAACGAUCGAUGCCAAUAAAGGACACUAAGCUGAGAUAACAUGUGCAAUAUUUUCAUUAGAUGGAAGCUUCAUAAUCUCAGGAUCAGCCGAUAAGAUGAUCAAAAUUUGGAAUACAAGGUCUGGAUUAUAAGAAGGUCAAAAUCUAAUUAAACAUAAAUAAACUAUCCUCUCCUUGGCCAUCUCAGAUGAUCCAUAGCUAUUAUGCUCUGGUAGUUUGGAUGGUGAUGUUUAUCUGUGGGAUUUUAAGAGUUAGAAAUUUUUGAAACAAAUUAAUUUAUUUGGAAGUUAAGUAUGUGAUAUCAAGAUUAUAAAAUAUAAUGACGGAUAGAGAAUAUUGACUCAAACAAAUGAAUGUAUAGUGUAAUUGUGGUAGGAGAGUCUAAACGAGUUCUAUUUGUUAUAUAAUUAUACAGAUGUUAAUAAGAGAUGUAUUUCUGGUAAAGAAAGUAAGGAAAUACUUUUACAAUCGAAAAAUAGCCAUAUACCCUAACAAGAAUUUAGAAACCUUGCAUAUGAUGCUAUAUAGUAACAUAAAAUUUCAUCAAUAGGAGCUAGUAUUGAUGGAUUAGUAAAAUUAAUAGGAACUAAUUAAGGAACAUUGUUGAUAGUUAGGCAUGAUUUAAGAUCAGAACAAAAAAAACCUAAGGACUCUGAACCUAUUUCAAUUAUUAAGACUUUAAGUUCUAAAUACUUUUUGACAAUAUCAGCAUAACAUAUUUUUGUGUGGAAGUUUUCUGAUUUCAGUGUAAAAGAGUCCCUUUUAACUGAGAAUACAAUAAUAAAUGAUGUUCUUGUAAAUGAAGAUUCAUUUUUUUGUGCAGGAAAUCUAAUAGAAAUUUGGGCUAUAUCCUCUUAAACUAAAGUAUAAAAAAAAAUAUUCAUACCAAAUGCAACUAUUACAUCUAUUGGGUAUGAUUAAAAAAAUACAACAAUUUACGCCGGAUUAACUAAUGGCAAUAUUGUUGUCAUUGAUCAACUCACAGAUGUAUAAAAAUAAAUUUAGCAUGCUCAUUCUAAAGAAAUUACUUCAAUUCAUUGGCUUAAAACAAGAGAUAUGUUAAUAACAGGAGGUGAUGAUUUAACAUUGAAAUUAUGGAGUUCAGACUUAAGAGUUAUAAAAGAAGUUGAAAUUUAUGAUACUCUGGUUUCAACAUUUAUUUCAUCCAAUGAAAUUUAUAUGAUAGUCUAAGAAUAACAUCAAUUAAGUAUUUGGGACUUAGAAAAAUUAGAACACGUAGAGAACAUGAUCACCAUUCAAAAAUCUGCUAAAGUGAUGUUGUCCAGUUCUACUUAACAAGUAUUUUGGACUAAUGAAUAGUAAAUAUCUUCACUACCAGUCAUGAAUAAGAAAAUUUAUACUUCUUAUAUGACGGAGAAACAAUCACAUAAUCCAGAAUUUAUGGCAAACACCGAAAAAAUGAUAAUUACUGCAGACAGAAAAGGUAAUUUAUUCAUGUGGGAUAAUGAAGGGCAAAAAAUUGAUGAAAAGAGGACAGAUAAGAAUAAUGAAUUAAGAUCUAUACAUUUGUCUAAUGAUUAAACCAAAAUUGUUUGUGCCUUUAAGAAUAUAAUUACUAUAGUCGAUCUUCAGAAAAAGUAAGAAAUAUUUAAUAAAGAUGUCUCAAAUUAUGACAUUACUAGAGCAUUGUAUCUAACUAACAAUGAUCUACUUUUUGUUACUAAUUCAGAAAAAAGUCAGGUUAUUAAAUUUUCAAUUACAGAACCAAAAACAGAGACUAUCAUAAGUAACCAUACAGGUAAAACUCUUGGGGCAGCUACCACGAAAGAUUCAUGCUUCUUAACUUAUGGAUCCGAUUAAGCUAUUAGGUAUUAUAUAGAGUAAUAAUAAUGCAAAUUUGUCUUUUCUUCAUUGCUAAGAUUUGAAUGUGAAGGGGCAUAAAUAAAAAACAGUAACAUUUCAUUUAAAUCCUAAAUUGAUCUUAAAGUACUUUUUAAAUAGAAGAAGGCUAUUUUAGAAUGA